CGGGCUCCAUGUUUAUAAAUAUGUGUUUCUUACAGUUCAAUUUCAUGGGCCAGAUAAUCUGAAACAACCAAACUGGGCCUAUAAAAUUCUAAGGUUACCAAGUCAACUUCCGUAACUUACAACUACCUCCUAUCAUUGUUGUCUUUGACCACCAAAAGAGCAUACAAUCUUCCUUGCCUGAGACAGAUCUGGGAAAACCCCGAUCAUUUUUAUCAUAUUCCCAACUUAUUUACCCGUCCCAAAUCUUCCUCUCCUUAGUUCGAAAUGUCGGAUUCGAACGAUGAAGGCUUGGGGUACUGGCUCAGGUGGCAAGUACCAGUGUGUGCAUUAAUCAUCGUUGCCCCAUCUGUAUUAGCUUCAUAUAUCAUCAAUAAAGUUAAAACAGACCCGUUAUUUUUCAAUCAUUUUUGGAAGCCACAGUGGAGAAACUUAAAUCCCUGUUGGCUUCUAUGUUAUAGAGCUUUUGCUUUUAUAUGCACGGCUCGGAUACUGUGUGAGGUUAUUGCCUCUGAGGGAGGAGCUUUUGCUUUCUAUUUCUACACUCAGUGGACAUUUGCAUUGGUUAUGGUCUAUUUUGGGCUGGGGACUGUCAUUUCUGCUUAUGGGUGUUGGGUGUGCUUAAAUACUCCUCUGCCUGAAAAUGGUGCAAGGGCUGAGUUUCUGAAAAGUGAUGUGGAAGAGAGUAGAACUGAAAACUCUGGAACUUAUAAGGAAAACAAUGUGAGGGAUAAAAUCAAGUUGCAGAGUCACCACGCUCAGGAGGAGUUUCAGCGAAGGGCAGGAUUUUGGGGAUAUCUUAUGCAAACUAUAUAUCAGACUUGUGCCGGAGCUGUCAUCCUGACGGACAUCGUAUUUUGGUGCGUCAUCGUCCCGUUUUUAUCAAACUCGCACCUUGGCCUUAACACGUUAAUGGGUUGCAUGCACACUUUGAAUGCUAUGUUCCUUAUCCUAGAUACCCUUCUUAAUAGCCUUCCAUUUCCUUGGUUCCGGCUUGCAUAUUUCGUUCAAUGGAGCUGUCUGUAUGUUGUUUUCCAAUGGGUUCUUCAUGCCUGCGGUUUUACAUGGUGGCCAUAUCCUUUCCUGGAGCUUAAUACGCCAUGGGCUCCUUUAUGGUACUUUGCCCUGGCUCUGGUUCAUAUCCCCUGCUAUGGAAUGUAUGCACUUAUUGUAAAAGCAAAAAAUUCGAUCCUCCCAAGAUUGUUCCCUCAUGCUUUUGUUAGAUCACACUAGUUUUAUUUCUUUGUUUCAAAUCAGCUGGUUUUGUUUAUGGUAAAUUUUGUUUUGGAUGUAUGCUUUCUUUCUUUUUUUGGUAUAUGAAGAAGGGGAUAUCAUUCCUCAGAUUCAUUCCCUUUCUAGGUUGUGAUCUUUACACGUUUCUUUAUUCCAGACUCAUUAUCUGGUUUGAUAUUUAAUUUUAAUUUAAUUUGUUGAUGUGAUUAUAUCAACUUCAAAAUUGUAAAUAGUAAAGAUGGUUGCGAAAAUAAGAUGAUGUUGAUUGAGUCA